CGACCUGCCCAGCCUUUCGGCCGGCCUGGGCGAAGUGCUCGUCAGCAACCCGUCGUUCCCAGGCGUUGCUCAGCCGAUCCAGAGUGCAAACGCACCGAAUCUCUACGGCACCGCCUUUCCGGUCUUCAACGGCGACGAUGCUGCCUUUGUCGAGCCGCGCUAUGGCCUGGAUAUUUUGCAUCUUGCUGGGGCUGCUCCCGAACCCACGCCGAUGGCCAGUGGGCCGAUCCUGUCCAAUCUCUACGACUCACCGUCGCCACCAACGCCGCCACCGCACUCACAGGGCCUUCCGAUGCGAACCAAGCCGACCCAGUCCCCGCCCUAUGGGGUGCAGGGAGCCAUCCAGAAGACGGGCCCAAAGACCCAUCACCAGCGCCAUCAUCCGUACCGACGCCCCAAAGACGGCUCUGCCAGCGACCUGAGC